GCAAUGAGAGGCGGUGUUUUCGAGUACCGUGGAGUAUGCUGGAGUAGAGACCGUGGUUUCACCUGAAACUUGUACCUCCGAGGCGUGCGAACCUUUCAAGCUUCGCACGCCCAGACAUCGGGUCUCCCAUUCUUCUUUUUUCGCGCAUGUAUGUUACGUAUGGCACAAACUGCUGGCAUAAUUGAGAAGGGUGGAUGGGCGUUAUUGAGAUAUUCUUCCUUUGGGUCCACCCACUUAUAAGAAAGAGUCGAGGGUUGGCUACCGAGGUUUGAUGACUUUAGGACUUUUUCUUGCCUUGCCUUUCUGCUUGGAAUGAGCAUUGAGGUCAAGGCCAAUGAUGGAUUACACUUUUGCUUCUCGCGGCAACUCUGAUAUAUCCCACUGGACCCGGAUCACAUUCUGCAUACGAAGAUCUGGUUUCAGAGCCUUCAUUAGAUUGCGGUAGCCACCUCUCUUUUGCGUGAGCUGACAGGCGGCCCGUCUGAUGGGGGCGAGCUCGGCCAAGGAAGGGACGGUAUCAUGGGACGGAGGACGCGCUGCUAAGAGCAUGAAACAGAGUCAUGAUCGGUGAACGGCACCUCGCUUCCACGCGAGAGUUGUGCAUGAUGUUACCAGCAGUCCUAGCAGCAAGAAGCUGAGAGACACCCAGCGAAGAAAACGAGUGGGACUUUGAGGUCUAAGGAAACUGAUGACAGUGAGUGUCGCUAGAUGUGGCAGAAGUCGAAUCCACACUCUUCGGCUCGUGUAGCAAGCAAAAUGCCGACCAAGUAUGCGGGGGGAUCGCAGCAUCAGCAGCAAGGACAGUAUGACAUUGACUUCGGCUUGAGGACGGUGGAUGAGGAGUUCGUCAGCGCCAGCUCUUCCACUUACGUGAGCAAUGAACUUCUGCUCAAUCGGUUGACAAGGUCCAUACAUUCUGCCUCCAAAAAUUUUGCGCAGUGGAUGUCAGUGACGAUACUUCUGCAGGAGAAGGACAAGCAGGUUCUUAGUCUUCUGCUCAGGAUUCAUAAGAAGAAUUCGGGAUGGCUGUCACAGAAGGCUCUCACUGGGUACAUGAGUGCGCAGCUUUUCUACAGCUUGAACACACUCAAGUUCUAUAAGUGGCUGAGUAGCAGUAUCAAAAGAGUGGAGAUAGGCAAUGAUCGGAUCAUGAGCAUGGUCAUGCAGCUGCUAUCUGCACCGGAGCCCCCGUCUUCCCACGAGGUCAGGCAUUUGAUGCGAGUAAUAAGGAAGCACAAGGCCGAUACAAAGACGUGCAAGGAGGACUUUUCAUGGGCAUUUGACACAGCUUGGACCGGGUAUAGCCUGCUGCUGGAUAAGAUAUCUCAUGAAGAAAGGAGGCUGGACGAGCAUAAGUUGAAGGAAGGAUUCAGAGGCUCACUCAUGCUGAAGUUCUUGCGAAAUAUAUCUUGUACACAGGUUUGUUACCAAUUGCAGGCAGUGCAGCCCAUGACCGAUGAGGAGAAGUCCUUGGAUGAGGUUCUGUGUCUUGACAGAGCAUUGUCGCUAGAAUUCUCGUUCCCAACCCCUAUGCUUGAUCUGCUCAUCCGAGUGCUGAAGAACAAGGCCAAGGGGCAAAAAGGAGAAAUCAAAGACGAGCUACUCGAAGUUGGAUGCAUCCAAGCUCUGGUGGAAGCUGUGAAAAGUGAGGAAGCCCAUUUCUCUUCCCUUCUAUUGCAACUGAAGCAUCACGUCACGCAGUGUUUUCAGUCGGUCAGUGGACUUCAUACCCAAAUCCUGCAACUACAACGACCUUUACAGAACAAUUAGAACCCGCUGUAGUUCCUCCCUCCUCCCUGUCUUUGGGGUGUCAUCAAUUCUACUCAGUUCCGACGAUGAUUUACGAAGACCAGGUUAGUUUUCGGACAUCGAUGGAGUGCACACAUACUUCAAACGCAUCCUGAUUAUUGGCAGGAAAUUUGCUGCUCUUGUUGGCAGAAAAUUUGCACAAAUCAGGUAACGCUUUAUACCGUAGAUUACGUACUGGAGUUCGAUCAAAGUUAAUGUGUACUGUCAGUCUGGAAGGGAAAGGGAGUCAUGUUUGGUGUUGUGCUACCGGUAUAUGUGGGUUCCAUUCCUAUUGGAAUGGAACCCAUCGGCAAACGUUACUCCUCUUCCCAUCCGGAUUGACAGAGGUGCAAGUAACUUGUGGUGCCGAUAGGAUAGAGUAGGACUUGUUUGUUGGAUAGAGUAGGCGUUUCAAUUACCUGUGUUCGCAUCCUUCAGCGUCACUAUAGAGGUUGUCUUAAUAUUACAGUCAAAAGAAAGUGAAGGAAGUACCAGCUCUUACGAAUCGCGAAUGCAAAGACAUUCAUAUAUUCCUUCUUACAGACGAUAAACUUGUGAACCUUGUACAUUUCAUACGCUUGGAGAUGCUAAUCAUAUUUCUUUCUAUAUUGCGAGCCCGAAAUUCAUCCAUGGUCACAAGGCUAGUGUUAUGUCUGACAGGAAGACAACAAUCGCCAACUGACAGGAAGACUUAUAAUCAGCCUGUGGUGUUGUAGUACUUGUACAUCUUAUAUAUAUAUCGAGCUUAUACUC